AUCUCACUUGUCUCUUUGUACGUGUCACUCUCUCUCUUCUCUUCUCUCUCUCUCUCUCUCUCUCUCUCUCUCAGUCACACACAAAUGGCUCUGCAACUGUGGGAGACUUUGAAGGAAGCAAUAGUGGCUUACACUGGCCUCUCUCCACCCACCUUCUUCACUCUUUUGGCACUCUUCCUUGCCAUUUACUACGUCGUUUCGGGCCUCUUUGGUUCCUCCGCCAAUAACACUCAUGGAGCCACCAGGGAUUUCGAGCCGCAGAUGCAGCCUCUGAAACCGCCGGUUCAGCUCGGUGAGGUCACGGAGGAGGAGCUCAAGGCCUAUGAUGGCACUGAUCCUGAGAAGCCUCUGCUCAUGGCCAUCAAGGGUGAGAUCUACGAUGUUUCACAGAGCAGGAUGUUUUAUGGACCUGGUGGGCCAUAUGCUCUAUUUGCCGGCAAGGAUGCUAGCAGAGCGUUAGCAAAAAUGUCUUUCGAAGAGAAAGACCUAACUGGUGAUAUAUCUGGUCUUGGACCAUUUGAGCUUGAGGCGUUGCAAGACUGGGAAUAUAAGUUUAUGAGCAAGUAUGUUAAAGUUGGAACCAUCAAAAAGGAAGUUCCAGUGACCGAAGGAGAAUUCAAAGGUGAAUCAUCAGAAUCCUCUCCCCAAGAUGGUGAUGCUCCCAAACCUACUAUUGAAGAAGGUGGCUCCUCAGAAAACGUAGCUGUUAAAAGUGAGGAAAACCAUUCACAUGUUGAUGCAGAUAAAGAGUAAUGGCUGAUGUCUAACAAAUACUUACAAAUAAUGGAAUCGGUUACAUAGAGGCUUAUGAGAAAAUGUUGAUCUUUUGUGGAUGUGUUCAACAUGAUUUGGGACAAGUUUUCUUUUAGUUUAGGUUGGAUUUUACUAUGGAACUUUGUUUAAAUGUUGCAUUUGAUGAAUAAUGAAUCUUAAAGGGUCAAUUUUCUA